AUGGCUACUACCAAAAGAAUGGUGCCGAACAUCCUGAUAACAGGUACUCCAGGAGUCGGUAAAUCUACUCUAUCGCGUUUGCUGGCGGAGAGAACAAAGUUUACUUGGCGAGAAGUGUCCAAGCUUGCGGAGGAAUACAGUUGUUUAGACGAAUAUGACCCAGAAUAUCAGUGCCCGUUUUUAAAUGAAGACAAGUUGCUGGACAUCAUGGAGGGCAUGAUGGCUAAGGGUGGCAAUAUUGUGGAUUAUCAUGGAUGUGACUUCUUCCCAGAGAGGUGGUUUGAUGGUGUUUUUGUUGUUAGGACCAACAACACAGCACUCUUUGACAGACUCUCAGCCAGAGGAUACACAGGAAAGAAACUAGAAGAUAACAUUCAAUGUGAAAUAUUUGAAACACUGUUAGAAGAGGCACAGUCGUCAUACAAGCCAGAAAUAGUGCUAGAACUACAGAAUGACACAGAAGACCAGCUACAGAAGAACGUUGAAACAAUCACAGAGUGGAUAGAAAGAUGGAGAGAAGAAAACAUAUAG